AUGGGAUUGUCUCGCCAGGCCAUUGUAUCGGGAGCUCUUCGCGAGCAAAAGCUAAUGCGACGCAGGGAAGAAUUUCUAGCAGCUGCACUGGACGUAGUUAAUCACCAGAAAGAAAUACAACACAUUGCAGAGGUGUUCAGAAGGCGUGAAGCUGCAGCCGCAGCGGCUACCCUGCGCAGAAGAGUGUGUGAGGUGAGAAGUCAACUAUCAUCUGGGCUGGAGGAGAGAAGAUGCAAAUUGAAAGCACUGCUUGAAGGAGAGCAAAACGAAGCAAAAGCUAUGAUACGGCAGUUGCAGCAGAGUGCAGCAACUAGGGAACACGCUAUGAUGCAGCGUGCUGAAGCGCUUAGACGAAAGCGUGACCAGGAACGGAAUGAAGAGGACAAGCGCCUCGACAAUCUUCGACACAGGCAAGGGCAGGAUGAUCUGCGCUUGCAGGAACACCGGAAACUCGUUAAGGAGAUUAGCGAGAGAGAGGAAGAGCGAAAAAAAGAGAUGGAGAGGCUCAAGGCCGAAAACGAAGCGAUAGCUCGUCGCCUGCAAGCAGAAAGUGAGGCUGCUGCCGAGCAACGCCUACAGCAAAGGAAAGACAGGUUAGAGAGAAGGAGAGAAAUGGAUGCUGUGCUUGCUGAACAGCUGGAAGAGCGCCACAGAAGAGAAUUGGAAGAAGCCGAGCUUGAAAGCGUGCAGAGGCAGACGCUGCAAGGCGCCAAAGAGAACGCGCGGUGGCUACUGAGUGCAGAGCUUCCCUUCUACGCCGCUACAGAGCAAGUCAAGCAGCGUGAAGCACUCCGAGCAGCAAGGGAAAGCGAGAAGGCAUUCGAAAGGGAGAGAGUUACAGCUGCAGUUGCUCAGCAUCGUGCGUUGCUUCAGCAGGAGUAA